AUGCUGCUGCUGUACUUGCUGCCACUGCUCCUGCUGCUGCUUGCUCUGUUCAGCAACUCCGCCGAAGGACAGCGAGACCCAGAGGUGUUCUGUGGAGCUUGCAAGGCCCUUGCUGAUGAGCUGGUCUAUGACAUCAAGAAAAUAGGUCCAAAGAGAACUGUGAAUUCGGGGACAUUUCGACUCAACCCUGAUGGCACGCGGGGGAAGAAAAAGGUUCCUUUUGCAAAGUCAGAGACCUUCUUAACGGACAUUUUGGAAAACAUAUGUGAUCGGAUGAAUGAUUAUCAACUUCAAGAUGACCCUGUAACUAAGAAAAAGAUAUUCAAGAGAUAUGCUCCUAGAAAGGAUGAGGAAAUCUAUGCAGAAUAUAAAAAAUACUUUUUUUAUUCUGACGCUUAUAAGCCCCUGAAAUAUGCGUGUGAAACUAUCAUAGAGCAGUAUGAAGAUGAAAUAUUCUCACUUAUCGCCCAGGAGGCAGACUCUCUGGCUGACAAGCUGUGCAUUGAAAAAUCAGGUCUUUGUCAAAACCCUGAGGUACACAGUGAGCUCUAGAAAAACAGCGGCCUGCAAUUAGAUGAAGAAUGUCAACUAAAAUAUCCCUGCAAUUUCUGCCUUCCAUUAACCCUUAUCCAUGCUUGUUUUUUUUAAAAGCCAUCUCUUUGAGACUGAUACAUUAAAAUUGCCAUCUGCACCAUUUGUUGAGGACACUGGACUGGAACUUUCUUAACUAGAAUGGUCAGUGGUAAAAAAUGUUUCCCAGGACUGUUAUGUGAGUCAUAUUCAUUUCUAAGAACCCCAGUGCCUGAUUGUAAGAGAAUUUGUUAGCUCAGUGGUAGAAAGUUGGCUGUUUUAUUACAGUGAGGAUGUGUGAUUUAUUCUGUUGUUUUAGCCAAUGAGUGGUUUCUAAAGGCCUUGUGAAUAUAUGAGGACCAGCCUCAAAAUAAUUAUAAUAAAAAGGUUCAAGGCUCAUCUCAGGCAGCUACUGAUGCUGGUGUUGUCACACUGAAGUCAACGGAACUCUACUAGUUUAAUAAAUGCCAACUGGUUCCUGUUGCUAAAAUCCAGCUCUUUGGCGGAAGGUGGCAGUUUUCUAAAGAUGUAGCCCAUCUUUUAAAAGGGAUUAUGAAUUAAAGAAACCCAUUUUGUUUAGGAGAAAACCAUUGCCAGAGCAUUUUGUGUGUUCUGGAUGUUGGAAGAGAUCGCUGAACAAAAAGCCAAUCAAAUAGCAGAAUUCAGCCAGCCCAUAUGGCAGAUGCUUCUGUUCCUUGCAAUCAAAACAAAGAAAAGGGUGGGAUUUAAGGUGGUUACCAUAAGUUGCAAUCAAAUUGUAAGGAGGCUGCUUCGAUGGGGAAAUGUCAGUGUGCCCCUGAUGCUUCUUGCACCAGUAAACCGUGUCUAAUAAUUUCCUUUGAUCGGAAGGUGUUUUAUUACUAACUCACGUAAUGUAUUUAUCUGUAAUUAUAAUUUAUCUAUAAACUAAUAAUAAUAAUAACAAUCCUCUCGUUCAAUAAUUGUUAUCUAUAGCAACUCUCCAACUUUUCUCACUUUGGGGUAAAUUCUUAUUGAUAAUUAAGCCUGUUCUACUUAUGAAUUAAAUGACAUCUUGAACCGUCAGUUUUAAA